AUGCCAUCUCAGGUCACGUACAUCUGUUGUCGGGAGCGAGUAGUGAGUGAAGCCUCACAGAUAGUAACAGGUUUUGCAACUUGGCUGAUUAUAUCAGACAUCAACACGACAUCGACGUUCCAAUCGUUGACCGCCGCUUCAUGCACGUCGUGCUCGAUCCAGAAAGACAAGAGCGCGUACUGGACACCAUUGUUGUACUACCAGCGAGGGGAUGGGUCCUUCAUUAAUGUGCCUAAUGACGGCACAGUCGUAUACUACCUAGGAAGAGGCGAAGAUCGCCGCAACAUUGUCCCUUUUCCUCCAGGUUUCCAAGUGGUGUCUGGAGACCCUUCCAGGCGAUCAUAUGACAAUGAGACCAUGACAUAUAGCACUGGGAGAUACCGGUCAAGGCCGGUGGCCGACCGUGUCAGUUUUGCAUGCAUCAACUAUGCCCAAGCCACGCCAGAGACGCCGUAUAUGGCCAACACCAACUGUCCCAACGGUCUUCGUGCUCAGAUCCAAUUCCCCAGCUGCUGGGAUGGGGUGAAUCUUUACAAGGCUGACCAAUCGCACGUCGCAUAUAUGUCACAGAUCGACAAUGGUGUCUGCCCUCCCACCCAUCCGAAGCUACUCCCCCACCUCUUCUAUGAGAUUUACUACUUUCCCAACCGGAUCGACACCUCAGAUGGGGGCAGGUUUGUAUUCUCCAACGGUGACACAACAGGUUAUGGUUUCCACGGUGACUUUCUCAAUGCAUGGGAUACCCAAGUCUUGACCGACGCGAUCGCGGCAUGUAUCAAUGACGUUGAGUCGGGCAACAUUUCAGAAUGCCCUCCACUGGCGGCUUCUCAAGACGACUAUUUUGGCACCAACUGCCCCGAGCAGGCCCCUCUCGUCAACGAACAAGUCAAAGGCGUCUUGUCGAAACUUCCAGGCUGCAACGAGGUAACGUCAGGACCGGCACGGGCUCCUCAAGGAGUCUGUCCGACUCAGCCAAAUUUGAACCCAGUCACCAACACCGACGGGCAAACUCGGCCAGUACCGGUUGCAGGUACAACAACGGCGACAAUCUCGUCUGGGAGUGUGGCUCAAUACAAAGGGUGCUAUGUCGAUAAUUCAGGGGGUCGAGCACUAUCGGCUGCGUCAUAUGCCAACGAUUCCAUGUCGACUUCGAUCUGUGGCGCAUAUUGCCAGUCCAAAGGAUUCUCUGUCUUUGGUACAGAGUAUGGAAGAGAAUGUUUCUGCGGUAGUGCCAUCUCGUCGGCGAGCGCCCCCCAGAGCGAAUGUCCCAUGGUUUGCGCCGGAGCUCGCACCGAAUACUGUGGAGGACCGAACAGGCUCAGUGUCUGGACCAUCACAAGCACCCCAUCAUCAACCUCGUCUGCCGUGUCUUCACCGUCGUCGACCCCAACUGGCCCCUCCAUCGAUGGUGCUAGCUAUUUAGGAUGUUGGUCCGACGCUGGGGGUAGUCGCACCCUUAGUGGAAGCUACACUACCGACAGCAAAAUGACACUUGAGCUCUGCGCUCGGACUGCGCAAUCUGCCAAUUACAAGUACUUUGGCUUGGAAUAUGCUGGCGAAUGCUUUGCGGGCAACAGUAUUCGAGAAUCUGCUUCCCAACUUUCCUCAAGUGGGUGCAACAUGAAAUGCAAAGGGAACGACACACAGAUCUGUGGUGGACCUGGAGCACUGAGCCUCUUCCAGAACACAGGCUUCAUUCAGCCCGGCAACCCAGCUUUGGUCAAUAUCUCGGCACAAAAUGCUCAGUAUGCGUACAAGGGGUGCUUCACAGAAGGAUCUUCAGGUCGCUCGCUUGGCGGAUCUGGGUCGUACUCGACCGCAAGCUCGAGUAUGACUGUUGAAUUCUGUGCUGAGGCAUGCUUUGCGAAGGGAUAUUCAUGGGCGGGUGUGGAAUAUUCUCGGGAGUGUUUCUGUAACAAUAUAGGCCUUACUAACGGUGGAAGUCCGGCGCCUGGUGGAGAUGCAGAUUGCUCCAUGUUGUGUGAUGGUAACAAAGGCCAGUAUUGCGGUGGACCUAGCAGACUCAACGUGUAUCAAUUGGUAGGGUCAUCCCAGCCAAGAAGACGUCAUGUCAUGUGGUAG